CGUUCUGAUGAAAAUCUUCUUCUUCUACGAGAUCUGAGUUUCAUUUGUAUAUUCACGGAAGAGAAGAAGAAUGACGAUGAUUUAUCCACCAGAGGAUCAAAUCGUCGCAUAUUAUCUGAAGAUGAUCACGGACAAAGGAAACGAUUGGUCAAGCAACUUUCUCGAAAGCAAAGACGUAUACUGCGUAAAUCCAUGGACGCAUUUCAAUACUCGAGAACCUUUGGUCCUACACGACGGAAGAUACUUGUUCGUUAACCGGACAGAGAAUUCCGGUAAAACCGAUGGAUGUGAAUCUGGUUGCUGGAGAAUCAUGGGUCGGGAUAAACUGAUCAAGUCGGAGAAGAACGGGGAGAUUCUAGGGUUCAAGAAGGUUUUCAAGUUCUGUGAGAAGGAGGAACCUAAAUCGAUUUUUAGGUGUUGGGAAAAGGAGAAGAGAAGAGUAAGAGACAAGAGGAUUUGGGUGAUGCAAGAGUAUAUGCUUGCGAGUAAAUGGAAACGAGAUUACGUGAUCUGCAAGAUUCGUCUUCUGAAUCCUCACCCACUUGAGUUCAUGUUAUCCAACCAUAUUCGAGGUUACUAUAUAUGA